AUGUCCCGUCUUCGCGACCCAGCGGAAUAUGUAUCGAAAGCAAAACAUAGAUGGACCGGUCACAUCAUGCGAAGAAUCGACGAUAGAUGGACUAAAAGAACGCUAGAGUGGAUCCCAAGGGACGCUAAACGCCCCCGAGGGAAACCGCCAACGAGAUGGGGUGACGUGUUCGCUGCACGGAUGGACCAGCUGAGAGCUCAGCUGGAUACGGCUCAAGGACCUCGUCAACGUCACUCACGAAGCUUGAGAACAUCUUGGAUGACAAUGGCGAGGGAACGAGACGAGUGGAAGAGAUGUUGGUGCCCGCACGUCCAGUGA